AUGGAGGAAUGUGAAUUUAAAGAGCAUUUUCGAGUAAAUCGUAACACAUUUAAUUUCCUAGUUAAUGGAUUGCAUCCACAUUUAGGCAAAACUACCACAACUAUGCCAGAACCUAUUUCAGUAGUAAAACGUGUUGCAGUUGCAUUACAUUAUUUAGCUUCAUGUGAAGAGUAUCGUGUUGUGUCUAGCCUUUUUGGCAUAGGAAAGUCAAUAGUAAAUUUAAUUGUUCAUGAAUUUAUUAAUGCUGUUAAUGACAUUUUGCUCUUUAAAUAUGUUAAAUUUCCAUUGUCAGUGGAAAAUUUAAUUAAACAUAGUAGAGAUUUCAAAGCUAUUCUUGGUUUUCCACAAUGCGUUGGAGCUGUUGAUGGAUGCCACAUCCCUAUUUCAGUCCCUAAAGAUCAAGCAAUUUCUUAUUAUAAUUAUAAAAGGUGGUAUUCCAUUGUACUUUUUGCCAUUGUAGACUAUCGAUACCGUUUCAUUUAUACAAGUGUUGGAUCGCCUGGUAGAAAUAAUGACAGCUAUAUUUUGCAGAAUUCUUCUUUGAAAGCAAUUUUAGAAUCAAAUCUAUUUGAUAAAUGUUGUAAAGAGCUGGACGAUUCUCUUGCUCCGCUAUGUUUCAUAGGUGAUUCAGCAUUUCCUUUAACGCGUCAUUUGUUAAAACCUUAUCCUGAAAAUUUGGAGCUUAGUGAAAUUCAAUAA